UUGCAAAUCCAGCACUUGGCUCAGAUUUUCAAAGAAAAAAGCCAUAAAAACGAAGAUUUUGAGUUAUUGAACCGAGAAUUCGACAAUCCGAGAGCUUGAAGAAAACGUUGGAAGCAAGAAUUUGUCCAAAUCGAGACAAUUUGGGAAAAAAAUAGAGAAUUGAAGAAAAAAGCACGCUCAUCAGUGCUUUUGUUUUUGACUAAAUUCUCGAAAACUUACCAAUAAUGAAGAAAGCAAAGCCUAUUUUGCACGAUCCGCACAUAAUUCCGCGAGUGCAACAGUACCUCGAGGAAAAUGUGGAUAAAACGUAUGUUGAUGUUGGGGCAAUGGCGAAAGAAUUGCAAGCACGUUGGCCCGAAUAUGGGCGACGAAAAGCAAUUCCCUUCCGACAACUCGUCGAACAAGCCUACAAGAUGGUUUUGCACAGUUACGGCUUGGAUAGCAAUCCGUCGAGCGAGAAUGACGACGACGAUGACUUGGAAGUGAUGGAUCCGCAUGAAAAAGAGCCGCGAAACAACCAAAUGAGCGACAUGAUGACAAAUUUGUACGGCGGAAAUAAGCCUCGUCCUCAAAUCAGUAACGAAAAUGAUCCGAUUGACAUCAGCAGCGACGACGACGAAGAAUUUGACGAACCUUCGCAAGCCCCGGAAGCAUCGCAACAAGCCCAAAGAAGCGAAUCGAACACUCCCAUCGAUCAUCGAGCACAUCAAGCAACAAUGAUCCCGAAUGGCAACUCCGUGACAAUUACUUUGAAAAAAUUUUCACGCGAAACAGAGGUUGAACAACCGACGCCGUCAUCGUCGCAAGCCCCGCAAUUCACGAAAAAGCGACGUUUUGACGAAAUUACGCCAGCAUCGGGUCUCACGCCAUCCAACAGCAAAGACAGCAGUGGCUCAAAACCGAAAAAGUACAAAAAGGAAGUUGCGCCAAAGAAGAGUUCCGUCACAUUUGCCGACAUUGGCGGCAUGGAUAAAACCCUGAAACAAUUAUGCGAACUUUUGAUGCACAUCAAACAUCCCGAAAUCUAUCAACACAUCGGAUUACCGCCGCCGCGCGGUUUUUUGCUUCACGGACCUCCCGGAUCGGGAAAAACUUUGCUCGCACACUCGAUUGCCGGUCAACUGAACAUUCCCCUGAUCGAAGUGCCCGCCACGGAACUAAUUGCGGGCGUUUCUGGCGAAUCGGAAGAACGAAUUCGUGACAUUUUCGAACAAGCAGCUGCUUUAACGCCCUGCGUCUUGUUCAUCGACGAGAUCGAUGCCAUUUCCUCGAAUCGCGUAAACGCCCAAAAAGACAUGGAGCGUCGAAUUGUGGCCCAACUCUUGAAUAGUUUAGACAAUCUGAACCAAAAACCCGGAGGAAGUCAAGUUCUCGUCAUCGGAGCGACAAAUCGCGCUGAUUCGCUCGAUCCGGCAUUACGACGCGUCGGCAGAUUCGACCAAGAAAUCUCGCUUGGGAUACCGGAUCGGGAUGCGCGACGUCAAAUUUUGCAAAUUUUAUGCAGAAAAUUGAAACUCGAGGAACCUUUUGACUUUGAUCGUUUAGCAGCGUUGUCGCCGGGAUAUGUCGGGGCAGAUUUACUCGCGUUAGCGACUCGCGCCGCAUCUACCGCUGUCAAACGCAUCUUCAAGGAUAAGGAACAGGAGCUUUUCGGCGAGAAAUUAUCAAAAUCUGACAUGGAAGUUGACCAAUUAUUGGACUCAAUAACAUCAAAAGUCAAUGGCGAUGACAGUGUCGUGCAAAUUAUCGACGAUAAUGAGCCCGAAGUUGCUUCAACUGUUGAAGAAAAGAAGAUUGAAGACAUUAAUGUAGCUGAAAUUGUAUCAGAAAUCGCCGAAAAUAUCGUUGAAUCGACAAAAACUGACGAAAAAAUGGACACAGAUGAGGUAGUUGCUUCCACGGAAGAGACUAAAAUGGAUACUGCUGUCGUUCAAGAGGCACAAGAAAGCGUCGUUGACUCGUCAGAAGCUGUUAAUGAACCGAUUGUGACAGAAAAUGUACCGGAAAAGAUUGAAAAACCUGCGGAAGAGACGAAAAAUGAGGAAAAACAAACAAAAAAAGUCGAAAAAUUAAAAUUACGUGAAUUGACGUUGGAAGAUCUCCUCAGUUGGUUAAAUAAUUCAACGCCGCCAUUGACACAAACACAAUUACUCGCGUUUCACAUCACAAUGCAGGAUUUCGUUGAUGCCCUGAAGCUCGUUCAGCCCUCUGCCAAACGCGAAGGAUUCAUAACAGUGCCCGAUGUUACCUGGGAUGACAUCGGAAGUCUCUCAGACAUUCGUGAACAACUAAAAUUAGCAAUUCUCGCCCCUGUGAAGUAUCCGGAACGGUUAAAAGUGCUCGGAUUGAAUGCCCCAAGCGGCGUUAUGUUAUGCGGACCUCCUGGAUGUGGCAAAACUUUGCUUGCAAAAGCUGUUGCGAAUGAAGCUGGUAUUAAUUUCAUCUCCGUUAAGGGGCCUGAACUCUUGAAUAUGUACGUCGGCGAAAGUGAACGUGCGGUUCGUCAAUGUUUCCAACGUGCUCGCAAUUCAGCGCCAUGUGUCAUUUUCUUCGACGAAUUCGACUCUCUGUGCCCAAAACGUUCAGAUUCGUCGGAAAAUUCCGCCGGAAUGCGUGUCGUCAAUCAACUUCUCACCGAAAUGGAUGGCGUCGAAGGCAGAAACGGAGUUUUUCUCAUGGCAGCAACAAAUCGCCCCGAUAUUGUCGAUCCUGCGGUGCUUCGUCCCGGAAGAUUUGACAAAAUUUUGUAUGUGGGACUCCCGAAUGAGCAAGAUCGUGUUGAUAUUUUGCUGGCAUUGACGAAAUACGGAUCGAAACCUCCGUUGGCGGAAGAUGUCGACUUGAAGGAAGUCGCUGCACACUCGGAAGGCUUUACGGGAGCAGAUUUGGCGGGACUUGUGAGACAAGCGGCGCUGUACACGUUGAAAAGUUCGAUUAUGGACUUUGAUGAUGGCAAGACGGAACAAACGAAAGACCUGAAAGUCAAGAAAAGUGAUAUCUUUGAUGCGCUGAAGAGUGUUCGACCGUCAGUAUCGGAUGAGGAUAAGAAACAUUACGAGAAAUUACGACGAAAGUACGGGCAGGGCGGAACAGAUCUUUAAAUUUAAGACGUAGUUUUGUUGUUUCAUUGUAUUUGUAACAAAUAUCAAUUCAUAUUUCAUACCACAAAACAAAGUAGACACGAAUAAAAAAUA